CAUUGACAUCGCCAUCCACCAUGGCUGCACCCCUUCUCAGCUCAAUGCGCUCCGCGCAAUCGAGCAUAUGCAGACAAUGCGCCGCAGCAUCGCGACCGAGAACGCUUUUCACCAACACAGCCAACACUCUCAAACACGAACUCCGCUCACGACCGACAACGACCAUCUCUUCACGUCCCUUCACCUCAUCCACUCCCCGCGCACGCCAAAAAACUGUCCAAGAAGCCAAAUCGCGCUACCGUCUCGGACCCUUCUCCUGGCAAGCCGGCCUCCUCUUCCUCGUCGCAGGCGGAGGUCUAACCCUCUACUUUCGCUACGAAAAAGCCCGCAUGUCCCGCGCUCGCAUCGCCGAAGCCAACAAAGGCAUUGGAAAACCCCUCGUCGGUGGACCUUUCCAUCUCAUCGACCAUCACGGCAACGAAUACACAGAAGAAAACUUGAAAGGGAAAUAUAGUCUCGUGUACUUUGGUUUCACGCAUUGUCCGGAUAUUUGUCCUGAGGAAUUGGAUAAGAUGGCGGGGAUGAUUGAGAGGGUGAAAGAGAAGCAUGGGGAUAAGAUGAGGAGUGUUUUCAUUUCUUGCGAUCCUGCGAGGGAUACGCCGGAGGUUUUGAGGAGGUAUUUGAAGGAGUUUCAUGAGGAUAUUUUGGGGCUGGUGGGGACGUGGGAUGAGGUUAAGGCUGUUUGUAAGGCGUACAGGGUGUAUUUUUCUACGCCGCCGGAUGUGAAGCCUGGGCAGGAUUAUUUGGUGGAUCAUUCGAUUUACUUUUAUUUGAUGGAUCCUGAAGGUGACUUUGUGGAGGCUAUUGGCAGGAAUUUCACUGUUGAUGCUGCGGCCAAGGUCAUCAAUGACCAUAUUGCGGACUGGAAGGGCAAGAUCGACUCGUGAGGGAGCAACUCUGUAUAGCAUGAAGCAUAAUGUAUCGAAUAGUGUACAAACAUGGCAGCUGGGGUGAACGACUCUGCUCUGAGAAUGCCAAAGUGAGU